AUGCUUCUUGGAACUGUCUUCAAGUUGACCACCUCAGGCGUCAUGACCAACGCCACAACCACCAUCGCACAGCGCAGUAAUGGGCUCGAGCGUCUCAGAUCUUGCUUCCGAAGUUUUCGCGGACGUUUUAUCGAUCCCAACUUUCACAAGCCGGAGGUCUUCAUUUCACAAGCUCCGCACGCCUCGUUCGCAUCAUCGACUGCAUCUUCCCAAGUCCUCAAUAAAGGCGCCACAAUGUCUCCUACUGCGCCUACGGAGCGUAUUCAUUCCAAUGCCCCGACCUUCCUGGCCUGUCUUGUCACAGCAUCCGCUGCCAGCAACCCCCCCCAAAUGUCAACCUUUGGCAUUACAACGCUGACACCUGCAGAUGUCCCCCCGAAUGCGAGCCAGUAUGCCACUGCCUAG